AUGUCGAUAUGAAUUCGAAUCGCGACUCGCGAUCCCGUAAUCGCGCUAAUAAACAUUCGCCAUCGGUCUCUUGAUCAAACGGGCGCGUUUUUACACUCCACGUUGGACAAUCAGAUUGUCGUCGCAAUGAACGAUAUCGUGACAAAUCACGCGGCCGAGAAGCAAUUCAAAUUCGACGAUUUACGUUCGGCAUCUCUGAAUGGACAUCCGGAGGACGAGCGUGGCAUAGAGGAACCUGCUGGGGUCUCCGUGAAGGAGAUAUUGCAGCAAGUGCAACGCGAAUUGUGCCUGAUCAAGUUGUGUUGGCCGGAUGUCUCGGUGAUCACGGAGGAUCUCUAUGCGCGAUCACUUCCGAAUACCUACCAUUGCGUUAGCGACAAGGAGCGACUGCUGCUGUGGUACGCGGAAAACUUCCGUCGUCAGUUCCAUACGAAGUACGCAAAUCGACGACCGUUGUUGUUAGCCUGCGAGAACGAGUGUGGUGUACAAAAAUUUGUAUCUACAAGUAUCAAACGAAGUACGCUGCCGUAUCCGGAACUGUACACAUGGCGUGGAUGUGUAAAAUUCAUCAAUGAUCAUAUCGAAUAUUCGCCAGUGGAUAAAAUUUUUACCAUGCCUGAACGCUUGCGCUCGCCGACGUGGGUGUUAGACUUUCAGAAGGGUAAUAGUUUCGAGUGCGCAACGCUUUUAGUAAGCUUACUGCUAGGACAGAGUUACAACGCGUUCGUAGUGAGCGGAUAUGCAUCGCGCGAGCAAGUACUCUGCGACACGACCAGAAGAACCUGUCCGUAUUUGCUGCCGGAGAUUGAGCAAGUACCGCCGCCGGUCGACAAGCCCAAAACAGUCAAGUAUCAGUUAAAGGCACCGCCCGAUUUCAGGAGUCGAUUCCUCUUAGAGUUGGAAGAUCGCGAGAGAGCAAAGACGGAGGCGGAAUUACAACGUCAAGAAGAAGAGCGACAGAGGAUGAUCGCUGAAUUCGAACGUCCACAACCCGAUAAAUAUUUCGGUCAUCGAAUACACGCGUGGGUGGUUAUCUUACCGGACGAAAAUGGUGCGAGAAACCGAGAAAUCACCGAACCGAUCUUCGUCGAGCCUUCCUCCGGAAUGUCUUAUAACCCGGCCGAUGAGGAAACUAGUUUGUUGUAUCUGGGAGUCGAGAGUAUUUGGAACGAUAAAAAUUAUUGGGUGAAUAUGCAGCCUCGCGGUAAUGGCUGCGCGAAAAUAAAUUGGGACUUGAGCAAAAUCGAAUUCUGGGAGCAUCUGCUUCCUGGUGAACCGCGAAUCGUGCGAAAAGACACGGACGAAAUCGAGGAAGACAUUGCCAUAAAACAGGAGAAGCAUUUGGACAUGCCGGUCUCAUACGUGAGUGAAAUCCGAAUUCAUAGUUUAGAUUUUGAAAGACGAUAUCCACGGGGCAGUAAAACGAUAUUUUACAAAAAAGCCAAGGUAGAAUUAUACGCUCCGUACUCUCGAACCGAUAGCUUGAUUCAGAGAGUAACCGUUUACGAUGAUUACGAAUAUACUAUCCCUGUCCGAAGUUAUGAGAAGUACUCGAACAGAGGUGACUGUCUUACAGAAUCUAGGAAAGACUUCACUACAAACACCGUAACGGAUUUCUUUGUGAAGGGUCGACCGGAUCACUGUAAAGCGCAUCGUUUUCUCGCAUUCGGCAGUGAUUCAAUAGACGGUGAAAGAACGAUAGAUUUUUACGAUAGAGCGCAAUUUGACGGACUCUCACGCAUCGAGACGGGCCUGCUUUAUUUGACUCAACAUUACGUGGAUCGUGAGGAUCUUCUGUAUUACAAGCACGCUGAAUUUUCGGUGGACCAAAACAAUGCCAAGUCAGUGCAGGACGAUAUCCAUUCUCGACGCGUCUCGAAAAUCGUCGAGAAGUAUCACAGGAAUGAGAAAAUUCCGGCCUGCGGGGACGUGGCCGUGCGCGAGUUCGCGGUGAUCGGAAAUGAGAUCUCCAUUGAAUUCCAUUACGAUCGAGAUCGGUGUACCCGGGCUACUCGUACAUUCGUAAAACCACCGAUGGCGGACAGGGGAGACCGUUUGGUCUUCGAUUCUGCGAUGACCCGCGGAUACAACCCAGAUCCGACCGCACCGCCGGAGAGAAACCUCGAGCUCUUUUACACGCUCGAUAAACAUCUGAAGGACGAGGAUCGCUCCGUACUCCACAUCAGAGACGUCGAAACCGACGUCGCGGCGUUUCUCCGAAGGAGAGCCGAUGAAAAUUUAAAUCCGCAGCUCACAGUUUCGUUAUUCGACAUAAAUCGAACAGCCGAAACGAUAACCGAACUAGAGAAAACAACGAGUCAACGCGAAGCUAUGCAAGAGCUGAAUGAAUUGGGACCGUACCUGGCGCGAAUAGGCAAUCCAGCAUCCCUCAGUAAAACGGAGGCAUAUCUGCUGCGCGACGACUGUUUGAGUGACUUCAAGCAGGUGUCCAUUGACAAAGCGAAUCGUAUUUUACGUAUGAUCGAAAAGCAGGCCGUGGAAUUGGAGAAGAUGCAAACCCUUCUAACGCAGUCUGUCGACUUAUCGAAAGCGGAGGAGGAACAGAUGUUGGCUAAGAUAAACGAGAUAAGCUUCAAUAUGCACGUGCUGGAAACGUAUCUCAAUCGGCACAGGGAUGUGGUGCCGCAGAGAUACAGAACACUGCUAGAGCGUCUACGGCAGAACCCGUAUCUUCAAUUACUUCAGAAGAAUUGAAGAAUCACAUUAAAAGGUGUAUAUGUAAGUAGCUCGCGCGCAAGAGUUUCUCAUACAUUAUAAAAAUCGUACUCUAUUUUGUAUUAUUAGAGAGUAUAUUGGCAUCACAAAAUGUACAAUCACAAUGUACUUUAUCGAAAGGACCACGAGCCCAUUUGACCGAUACAUCGACCUAAAAUGAUUUUUAACAAUAAAUCAAACGGUUUUAAAUAAA